CACUUCAUUUUUAGCUCUUUUACCUUUGGCCUCAUAAUUUCUAGACUAUGCCUGAAAACACUGAAACUUCUCACCAACACGACUAUGAUUCCUCUUCUCCUAAACACCCAUUAGAUGAUUCUUUAGAAACAAGGCCUCCAAACGGCGGCGGUGGCGGCGGCCACCUGCAUCGCCGCCACUUUCACCACCAUGACUCUUCCACUCCUUUUAUCUCUACGCCUCUCUAUCUUCCCACUGGAACUGGAAAUACUCCGCCGUUUGAGGCUGUGAACCCAAAGCGGACGAGAUACUCGGCGGGCCAAUGGAAGCUUGUGCCAUCUCCAUCAUCAUUUCAGCCACAAAUAGCCAUUGUAGGCAGUGACUCCAGUCCCUCGCCGUCACAACGUCCGGCCGGAACCGCCGCUGCGUCGUCGUCGGAUACAACAUCAUCUCCUUCUCAUUCCCCUUUGCCGUUGACGACGGGGAAUAAAGGAGAAGGGGAAUCUCAAAAUCAGCCACAAUACAGAAAGGGGAAGUAUGUUAGCCCAGUCUGGAAACCUAAUGAGAUGUUGUGGUUAGCUAGGGCUUGGAGGGUCCAAUAUCAAGGUGGAUCGGAUGAGGGUGGCAUUAUGGGAGGUCAAGGGGGAAGAGGAAGUGGGAAAACAAGGGCGGAUAAAGAUAGGGAAGUGGCUGAGUAUCUCCAAAAACAUGGUGUUAAUAGAGAUGCUAAAACGGCAGGGACAAAGUGGGACAACAUGUUGGGUGAAUUUAGAAAGGUUUAUGAAUGGGAAAGAGGAGGAGAGAGAGAGCAACUAAUGGGAAAAAGCUACUUUCGUCUCUCACCUUAUGAGCGUAAGCUCCAUAGACUUCCAGCCUCUUUUGAUGAACAAGUUUUUGAAGAGCUUUCACAAUUUAUGGGUUCCAAAAUGAGAACAAAACCUACCCCAAUUCUUCCUCUAACUAGACCCCUCCCUCCACCCCCUCCCUUUACAGAAGAACACCUCCCAAUUUUGAGUCGAGAAAAACAAGUGUUUCGAGUCGAUUAUGCUUCGGUUGAUUGUAGUAGUGUUCGUCGAAUUGGGAAAGUAAGAAUGGUAUGGGAGGAAUCAGUGAGUUUGUGGGGUGAAGAAGGAAGUGAAGAGCAGAGAGGAGGGAUGAUUAGAGUUGAAGGAUGUAGCUUUUUGAAUGCUGACGAGCUAACUUUCUUUGAUGAAUCCAUGGUUGCUUGCACUAUGGAAUGUAAUGACGAUGGCCCUCUUAAGGGCCUCUCAGUUGAUAGAUUCGUUCCCGGACAGCAAAUCAAAGUGUUUGGCAGAAGAAAAUCCCCAUUCUACACUUCCACUGUUCCUCAUGAGAGACCCCCAAUUCUUCACUCCACCGAACUCUCUUCAAGAUCAAGUUCUUUGUGGAAUUAUCAAGAUUCAACGGAAUACUAUGUCGGGUGUCUUAGAAUCCCGCCGCUAUCUCUUCCGAGCUUAUCGGAGCUUCCAUGGCACAUACAAGAACCGCCAUCGGAAGAGCUUCGAUUCCCAAUUCGAAAGGAUGUAUAUGCAUACUUACCACAAGGGAAAGAGGUGUUCUUUACAACCACAACCGAAAUGGUAGAUUGCAAAUCCUUCAUUUACGAGAUUUUAUGUCCUAUCAUACGCACCAACCCUUGUAUUAGCACUACAACACCCCCUUCAAGUCGAGACUCAUUCAUAGGCCUUUGGGAUGAUUGCAUCAACCGCCUUGUUUCCGAGUUUUGUUGCAUGGAAAUGCAAAUAAUCCGCAAACCCAAUUCACCUUCAUCCACCAACAUUCAUAGUUUGCAAGAUCAAUGGCCAAAUUUAACGGGAUUCAUCAGAAAUUUUUGUUUAUGGAGAGGUGAAGAAACUGAUCAAAUCAAAGAUGGUCACCAAGAUCUCGACCCCUCUAAUUCAAUAGUGGAGAAGCUACUUUGGACCUAUUUAGACAUCCCUUAUUUAUUAGGUUACUACACCAUAGGGUUCUUGGUAACAUUUUGUUCACUAAGUCGAGGUCGAGACAACCGAGUCGUCCGAACCGAUCUAUAUUCGUUGGAUUUAUCAACACCUAGUGAGAGAUUGAAGGCGUUGGUCCCAUGUUAUAGAAUUGGUGGUGUUUUAUCAUUGUUAGCCGAUCGAUGCAAGAAAUUGCCAAUUUAUAGUGAUUUUGAGAGAAUUGAUAUGGGAAAUGGAAUUGUGGUGGAAAUGACGCCAAAUUUGGUGACCAAAAUUUUCUCUUGUAGAAGGAAGUGGACGGCGGCGAAAGAGAUUUAUGAUGUCUUGGAUCAAAGAAUCCCUCAUUCGGAAUUCAUCUUCGGAGCAUCCGAGGAAGAUUUGGCAUUGGUUUUUAAGCCAAGGGUUUGCAGAUUGAAGCCCACAAGCUAUGAUCAAUUAAUUGAGGCACUCAAAAACGUGACCAAAGCGCUUGUGGCAUUGCACGAUUUGUGUUUCAUGCAUAGAGAUAUUUGUUGGGAAAAGGUGAUGAAAAAAACAAACGACGAUGAGACAGCCACCGGGGAGUGGAUUCUUUGUGGGUUUGAAGAGGCGGUUGGAGCGCCGCAGAUUUACCCGUACGGUGAAGCCACGGCAGCGAGUGGAAGGCACGCGCCGGAAAUGGAAAGGGGUUUGCAUGGGGUGAAAGUGGAUAUGUGGGGAGUGGGAUUUUUGAUUAAAACUUGUGGGUUAAUUGGGAUUCCGAAGAUGUUGAAUGAACUUCAAAACCGGUGUAUGGAUCAAAACCCUGAGCACCGGCCAACCGCCGCCGACUGUUACCACCACCUGCUGCAGCUUCAGUCGUCUCUGUCAACGUCAACCGGAGCAGCCGGUGGUGGGUUGAUUUGAC